AGUCCCCUCCUCUGCAUGCCCUCCCUCCUUUCUCCCUCUCUUCGUGUACUUACCCUCUGCUCUACAUUUGGUUUGUUUGUGUGUUGAGAGAGGAGUAAUGAGUGGGUGAGCAGAGUACGUCGCGUUGUUUCUCUGUUCUCUCUUGCGUUCCGUACGCCCACAGCACAGCACGACUCAACUCAGCAGCGUUGUUUCCCGACAGCGUCGGCUGCCGUCGUCGGUCACCGGACAUCACGCAGUUUCAAUAAGUCAACUCGUUUCUUUUUCCUCCGUUUAACAUCCGCGCGAACACGUCUUCGGCAUAGAUUUUGCUGCGAUUACUUCUGUUAGUUGAUCGACGAGAGAUUCAUUUCUUUCAGUUGUCUGCAUCUGUAGUGUGUGUGUGUGCGUGUUACGACUGUUCACUCCUCAUUGACUUUGUUCGCAUUGAAGCCCUAACUUGUCUUGUGAGGUUGGGCCGCGCGGCGUCUCGCUCCACUUCUUUCUUUCCAUUUCAUUUCCGUUUUUUUUUUCAUUGUUAUUGCUGUGGAGAUUGUUGUUUAGACGCGCUCACCAUGAAGGGACACAUCAGCGUGCGCAAGACUGUCGGCGGCGUCAGCCGUCUCGCGCUCGCCGUGUGCCUCGUCGUGCUCGUGAUCGUCUUCGUGACCGCCUACGGUGUGGGCACCAGCACCGCCAACCCACGCAAAGCUCGCCUAAUGAGCACGAACAUUCGUGUGCUGAACCAGAACAAGGUGGAGUUGGAGAAGUGUGAUCAGAUGCGAAAAACAUACUUAAACGGCGACAAGCUCACCAACGCGCAGCUCAUUGCGAGUCUGCAGGAGCGAGAGGUGGCGGCGAAGGAGGCGCUCAAAAUGGAGAAGGAGCGGGAGGCCUCGAUACGCUCGGUGGUGCAGCGGUGCACCGAUGACGUUGAUACGCUACGCAAGAAGGCCUUCGGCGCGACGGCGAAGAACAUCACGGCCUACCUCGCCGAACUCGAAACGAGGCGGGUGGGGCUGCUAGAUCAGCUAGAGUCCCUCACCAACCUAAAGGAGAUGCACCGCCGCAGCGACCUGAUAACGCUGGAGAAGGCGUUGGUGCAACAGUUGACGGAGGUGAACCGACAGCAGCUCGUCACAGACCGCGUGUCGGCGUGUGCGAAGUCGCCCGUGAAGUUCUCCGUCGUCUUUGACAUCGGCAGCUCCGGCAACCGCGUGCACGUCUACAAGUACUCAGUCAACGCGGCCACGCAGGACGCGACGACGGCGACGCCGUCGGUGAACGCGCUGGCGACGCUCCCCACCACGACGAGGCCGCGUGACAUACUCAACGAAAUAAAAUUGGACGAGGAGCUCUUCCGGUACAACUACGACGCGUUGACGAAGCUGCCGAACCCGGUCGCGGACGCACCGCGUGCACUGCGGAAGCUCUUCGACGCGGCCAAGGCGUUCGUGCCGCAGGAGCAGCACGUCUGCACACCGGUGGAGUUCAAAGCCACCGCCGGCCUGCGCAGCGUCGGCGCCGAUACGGCGACAGCGACGUUAAGUGCGAUUCGACAGGCGUUCCUUAAUGAGUCUUUUUGGCUGCGCGGCAGCGCCCCGGUGCGCAUGCUGGACGGCAAGGAGGAAGGGCCGAUGGCGUGGCUCACAGUAAAUUUUCUUUUGGGUUCGUUUGACGGGCACCGCAGCGGCGGCAGCCGCAGCAACUCCACCGUCGCCGUCAUCGAUCUAGGUGGAGGCUCGACGCAGGUGGUGUUUGAGCCGCACGAGGCAGCGUUUAACACCGUGCCGAGCCAUCAGCAGUUCACCGCACAGUUCGGCAGCCGUCCGGUCCGGGCCUACCAGCACUGCUACGAAGGCUUCGGCCUGCACGCCGCCACCCGCGCGCUGCUGUACAGCAUUCAAGGCAAGUUGCCGGCCAAGCCGUCGACGACGACCACCACCGCGGCACCCACUGAACAGCAGCAGCAGCACGGUGACAUGUUCAACGCUCUAUUCGGCGGCGGUGGCGGAGCGGGGGAGCGAAACGACGGCAACGGAAAAAGGACGGAGCGCGACGGCGACGACGGCGCGAUCGAGGAAGCCAAAACCGGCCCGUCGCCGGACCCGAUCGCGGUGGUGGCCUUUCCGUGCUUCGCCGCCGGCUACACCGACCCGCUUGGCGUGUCGAACACAAAGCCAUCGACAACGGUGGAGGGGACACCGGUGUCGGGCCCGAACUUCACUGCCUGUGCGAACUUGUUCCGCGAUCGGCUGCUGAGGCCCGUGGGGGAGUCGUGUCCGACGGCACACUGCGGGAUCGGCCGAACCCACCAGCCCCCGCUCGAGCAGUUUGCCGGCGACAUCUACGUCAUCUCGUUCGUUUUUGAUCUGCUCGAGGCCGCCAAUGCCACCUCGCUCGCCGUGUCGCCCGAUGAGUUCGCGGUGAGGCUGGCGGACGUGGAGCAGAUCGGCGUCCGUCGUUGCGCGGCGCUCACGUUGGACAGCAUAAAAACGGCGACGGUUCGCAGCAGCCUCCAGCCGGUCUACGACUGCAUGUACUACGCGUACAGCUACGCUUUGCUGAAGUACGGCUACGGCAUUCCGCAGGACCGCUCGCUGCAUGUGGUGAAGAGAAUACAAGGCUACGAGAUGGCGUGGACGUUGGGUGCGUCGUUGAUCUCCAUCGCCUAG